AACCGGAGAAAGCUAGCAGAGACGCGAAACGAACCGUAGUCGUCCGGCGAUCUCGCGGGAACAAUCGUUGAUCGACGGAAUCUUCGCUAGUGACGAAGAUUAAGAAGCAAGGUAAGAAGAUCGGCGAUGGGCCGAAGCGAUUGACCAUUUUCGUCCCCCGCGAGUGGUGAGACGACCUGCACAGAUGGGGAACUGCCUCUCUUCCAAGGAUCCUAGGGCUCUUGCUAGAAGGAACCCAGAUGGAAGUUUCAAUGCAGUUAUUCCAUCAAAUAGAUUUGCAGUUGCACCGUCAAGGAGUAAAGCUCCCAGGCCAUCAAAGAACAAAGCUGUCGUACCAUCAGAAAUUGAUGUUACUGCACCAAAAUAUACCAAGGCGGCCAUAUCAUCAGUGAAAGCUUCAAUUGCACUAUCACUUUCUCCAAAUGAGGAUGCAGACAGAACUGGCUAUGUGGAGAGCAAGCCAGUGAUGCAUGGAGAUGUAGAAGACUUUCAACAAAUAACUAGUUAUGGAAAUGUUGUCAUAUUUACAUAUGAUGAGUUGAGAUUAUCAACCAGGAACUUCCGAGAAGAUCUAAUCCUAGGAGAGGGUGGCUUUGGGCUUGUUUAUAAGGGAGUCAUAGAUGAGAACAUUCGGCCAGGGCUCAAGCCCAUGUUUGUCGCUGUUAAGGAUCUCAACCGAAAUGGUCUACAAGGUGAUAGGGAGUGGCUGGCUGAAGUUAAUUACCUCGGGCAAUUGAGCCAUCCUAAUCUUGUCAAACUCAUUGGAUACUGUUGUCAAGAUGAUCACCGGAUAUUGGUUUACGAGUAUAUGGCUUUGGGUAGCCUAGAGAGGCAUCUUUUCCAACGGGUACCUCAAACAAUUGCGUGGGACACUAGGAUAAAAAUUGCUUUGGAUGUUGCAAAGGGGCUUGCUUUUCUUCAUGGAGCUAAAAGACCCAUAAUCUAUCGUGACUUCAAGACCUCUAACAUCUUGCUUGACGCGGAUUACAAUGCCAAGCUUUCGGACUUUGGCCUUGCAAAGCAGGGACCAAUAGGUGACAAAACACAUGUUUCUACCAGAGUAAUGGGUACCUAUGGAUAUGCAGCUCCAGAGUAUGUGAUGACUGGCCAUCUAACUGCAAGAAGUGACGUCUAUGGCUUUGGUGUUGUACUCCUAGAAAUGCUCGCCGGCGGUAAAGCACUUGACACCAGCAGGCCCGGACGCGAGCACAACCUCGUCGAGUGGGCUCGACCCCUUCUCAUCCGCCACCAUAAGCUGCUGAGGAUUAUUGAUCCCAGAAUGGCAGGUCAAUACUCUCACAAAGCUGCACAGAUAGCCGGCAACUUGGCCUACCAGUGCCUCAGCGAGAAUCCCAAGGGGAGACCCACCAUGGCUGAAGCAGUAAAAGCUCUGGAGACCUGCAUGAACCUUAAUGAACAGUAUUUACUGCAGUUCCAUAAUAAAACUCCUGCUGAAGCUUCUAAACGCGAAACAAAGACGCAAAAAGAAGUUAGGAGUAUUUGCAUGAGCAAGGGUUGUAGGGAUGGUAUUCUGCUUGAGAAAAUGGACAGAAAGGUAAAACGCAGGUGCACAAGCGAUCCACCGAUGGAUUUUGAUCAGCCUGAGAUGUCUCCAGAUCCUCGGUUCAUUAGGCAGUGGGGAAAUCUUACUCCUGAUCAUUAUCACAAGCGGCCAUACUAUGUAUAAACUCUGACAGGUAUUUUUUUUUAAUGUAAUUUAUCCUUUCAGAUUUCCUGUUUUGAUUGUUGGAAUUAUUCCAGGUCCAUUUGAUUCUUGAAUUCUUUUAAGUUUUUGUUGAUUCUUUGCAUUAUUAUACGUAAUAACAGCAUCGAAAUUACAGGAUUUUUGGUGAAA